AUGGACGUGACUCAAAAGAUAUUGUUUGCUCGUGAUUAUCUCGGUGCCGUCUUUGGGAAGGAUGAAUCAUUCCAGUACCCGCUACAUUGUAGCUUGACCGGCUUCUUCUCGAUUCAGGCUUCGGAAGAACCAUGCAGGAAGGAAAGCGUUUUGCGAGCUUUGCGCAAAGCUGUUAUGAACUUCGUGGAUGCGCAUCAUCGAUCGUCGUGUAUCCCGCGGGCUCGGGAGAACAGUGAGGACAGUGAGGCUGCUGAUAACCUUACGACUGCAUCAGACUUAAGGAGGGAAGAAAGGGAGGAAGACGCCGGGGAAAGAGUUUAUGACAUUGAGGAAGUAGUGCAAUGUGCUGAGGAAGGAGAAUCUGAGGAAGGAGUAUUUGAGGAAAGAGUAUUUGAUGCGGCGGGCACUGAUGGGACGCCUGCCGGAGGACGAAGGCAUGAGGGAGAGGAGGACACGUUUUACCGGGUGUGUCGGGGACCUUUGUACGAGAUGGGCCCGGGGACAAUGGAUCCGAGGAGAGUUUUUGACGCCGAUGCUGCGGCAUACAACCGUCGCUUGAAGUGGAUUAAGGUGACGCCGGACAAUGGCUUAGUUAUGCCGCUAGACUCUCAUUGGUUUGAAGAAGAGGAUAAGCUGAAUCGUUUAUGUAAAGGUAUAGCUCAUGCAUUGGAGCGGGAGUGUGGAGUACCCCUGGAGCUGAAGGGAAGACGUGGUCAGCGCGGGAUUCAAAUCAAGCGUGCAGACCAUGUGAGUCUUCUGAGCCCGAAACAUCGCAGCCAUGCACUUACCAAACAGCAGGCUUUCGCUGCUGCGCAGUUUGUAGAUCAAGUGAUAUCGUCGGUAUCAGAACUGCACUGGGAUUUGGUAGUGUACGAGGUGGUGGAGUGGGGACCCUCGCCAGACGAUUCACACGCCUUGUACGAAGUGCUGCGCGUUCCUCACGUUGCUCUGCAGCACUCGCACUUUUGA